ACCGCACUAAUUAGAUGCCAUCUGGGUGGUUCCUCCCGGGGUUGGGAACCCAUCACCCAGCUCCCGAAGAGCCAGAGGCCAAAGAGGAGAGCAUAAUGAUGGACCUUUUCGAAACGGGCUCCUAUUUCUUCUACCUGGACGGGGAGAAUGGAGCCCUGCAGCAGCUGGAGAUGGCCGAGGGCUCCCCUCUGUACCCAGGCAGCGACGGCACCCUGUCCCCCUGCCAGGACCAAAUACCCCCCGAAGCCGGGAGCGACAGCAGCGGCGAAGAGCACGUUCUGGCUCCCCCGGGCCUGCAGCCCCCUCACUGCCCGGGCCAGUGUCUCAUCUGGGCCUGUAAGACGUGCAAGAGGAAAUCGGCCCCGACGGACCGGCGCAAGGCCGCCACACUGCGAGAGAGGCGACGCCUGAAGAAGAUCAACGAGGCCUUCGAGGCCCUUAAGCGCAGGACAGUAGCUAACCCCAACCAGAGGCUGCCCAAGGUGGAGAUACUGCGGAGCGCCAUCACUUAUAUCGAGCGGCUGCAGGACCUUCUGCACCGUCUGGAUCAGCAGGAGAAGAUGCAGGAGCUGGGGGCAGACCCCUUCAGCUACAGCCCUAAGCAAGCAAAUCUCCCUAGUUCCGAUUUCCUGAGCACCUGCAGCUCUGAAUGGGAAAAUGUUUCUGAUCAUUCCAGGGCCCUAGCCUUAAGUCCCAGAGAAGUCGGAGGGCCCGUAAUCGAGUCAUCUGCCUCCAGUAGCCUCCGGUGUCUUUCUUCCAUCGUGGAUAGUAUUUCCUCGGAAGACCCUAAACUUAUCAGCGUGGAGGAGGUGGUGGAGAAAUAAAGAGCCACUUUGCUGGUUCUGGAGGGAUCUUCGCUUCUGCUGGAAGAUUAUUCCCUGCUCCACCCCCACCCCAACCCCAUUCCUAACCUUUAGAUUAGGUUACAUUGCAUUAAUAUUUAGGAAACCAUGCCCAGGAUCUUCUGAAAGGUGGAAACAAAGUGAUACCUACUCAGAAAAAAAAAAUCCCCCAAACAGUCCUGUACAUUCAGACGGAAAACCCUCUGUCUUUGGUCUCCUGAAUCUCCCUGCCAUAGAUCAUCUUUUCACCUUUUCUUUUUUGAUUUUAAUUUAUUAGAUUGACUUUUAUCAUGAUUAUGCUUGUUGUACCCCGCUCCAGAGAAGUUCAUUCCUGUCUGAAACCAAGUGGGAAAAUUGUGGUUUAACGUUAGUUUUAUUUAAUGUGUAUUCCGUGUUGUUGUUUUUUGUAAAUACUUUUAGUACUUUCUCUUUUUUAUGUAAAUGCAAGAAAUGUAUUUAAGAUGGAGAGUGCAGUACUGUAUAUAAGUGGUUCAAGGAUGCUAGCAUUGUACAAAUAAAAGGCCUUUCUAUAUUCUCCAAGCUUGUCGGUGACAGACAAUUAUAAAGGGUCUUUCAAUUCUAUUUAACAGAUACUCAGGUUCAAAAGUUUUCCUCUAAGUUGUACUUAUGGGCAAAUAUAGAAUAGAGAGAGGAGAGUUUAUUUUUCUGAUUCAGAAAAUGGCCUUUCCACUCAAUAAUUUUACUUCAGAAAAAAGGUGUUAGGUGGUAAGUGUGUGGAGGGAGUUCAGGGUGAAGAGUUGGUCUAGCUGGAUAGCCAGGUAGUUUUCUGAGAAUUUGUCUGGGUCAUCUGGAUACCUGCCUCUCUCCUUUCCAUUUAUUCCUUUUGUUUGCAUGCCUAGGGGUCCAUUCUUCUUCUAUCCUCCAAAUCAAAAGGGUAAAUGUUUUGUAUCUCACCCCACCCUCUUUCACCUCUUACCAUACUUUUUCUACCUGAGGGAAACUGGGCUUGCUAGGGAAUGGAUAAAAACAGAUGCACACACAUCUGCACACUGUCCCUGACUGGGGCAGGAAGGGCAGGAAGAAUGUUGCAUUUUCUUUGUGUCUUUAGCUCAGUGCUUGCUACAUAAUAAUCAAUAAAUAAAUGGUAGCUUGAUGGAAUGUUUGAGAAAUUAAGAGGAGUCUGGGAGCAUUACCUGAUCCCAGAAGCUCUUGGACUAACAACCAAAGCUGCACCUCCCUCAAUCAGGACUACUCCGAAGAUUAGGAGAGCUAAGUGAAGACCCAGCAUUUCUUGAACUAGACCAGACAUUAGAAGGCUUGAGUGACUCCAAGGCCUAGUUAGCUUGGGUUUGUUUUUCCAGUAAGUAGGAUAAAAGGAGAGGAAUUUUGGUGUUGGAGCUGGGGGAAGGGAGGCCUCUUUGAUGGGAGUAUCCUCUGCCCCAGAGGAGGAAAGGGUUAAACGAUUGAAAGCUAAGAGGAAUACAACAACAACACAUGAAGCCUCUUACCAGGCCCAAUGGGAGGCUAGAAACCCCAGGAGUUGUUCCCAAGGAGGUUUUCUUUACAACGUGUGCCAGCUUUGUUUAUACUGUAAUCUCAGGAAGGGGUGACCACCUAGAAACUGCACCAUGAAGGGGAUUGGGGGUUAGGGGGUUGUGUCAUGGUGUCUUUUUGCAGUCUUGUUAAGAAGAAGUCUCUUUAGACCUCUUCUUUUCUUAUAAGAACUCCCCCUCUCCUAUGCCUCAUCAUUACCGAAAACCACUAGAUCAUAAAUAAAUCUUCCUUUGUCUC